CAGCAGGAUGAACCGAUCCUUUGCCUUUGGAGGCCUGGCGAGGAUGAAUUACAGGGAGGGACUCGCUCUGGCCCUUUGUCCUUGUGUCCCUCACUGCCCCUUCCGGGCCUCUACUUUACCCUCCUGUUAUGGAGUCUCCAGCCCCAUUCAUUUUCAUCACCAGCGUCCCCAGCCCCGGUCCCGGAGGUCUCAGCUCUGGUCAAGCCUCUGCCUCCACUUUCUCCUGAAGUCUCUGCAGUCCAGUUGUCUAGCCCUCAUUUUUAGGUCUCUGCUAUGCCUUGGCUUCUACCAUUAAUCAUUCUUGUUUUCGUUUGUUUUUUUACUCCUCUUAUUUUCUCCCUUCCCUGGAAUUGUGGGGAGAGUGGAGCGUGUGAUCCAGUCAGCACUCCUCUGGCACAUGUGUGCCUCUUUGGGGUCUCCCAAAGCACCACUGUGUGUGUGUGUGUGUGUGUGUGUGUGUGUGUAUUUAUACACACGAAGGGAUUCUGGAGUCACACUGAUUGAAGGUGAAAAGGGUCCUAAAUCCACCUUACCCUUCAGAACAAGUAUACUCCUCAAACUGAUGACCAGAGUCAAGCCCAGGACUUACAUGGUAAAAGGGAAACUGACUCCUGCAAGUCUUCCUCUGACCUCCACAUAUGUUCACAAGCACGAACAUGUACUUCGCACACACACACACACACACACACACACACACACACACACACGCAUAACAAAUACAUUUAAAGAAGAAAACACCAAAAUAACCACAGCAGCCCCUUGGAUGAAACAGUUGUUACUAGUCCUGUUUUAUGGACAAGGAAGGCGGGAGAGGUCAGUCAGUACACAUGUCUAAAAUUAAAUCAACCAAGUGCAGGUUUGGGUCGCAGUCCACAUUCCAGCUGCUGGAUGGUCUUUUGAGAAAACAGGCAGAUGGGCAGACAGCAUAAGGCUGGCUCACCCACGACGCAGGGAAAGAAAGAGGAUGCUGCAAGGCUGGGUGGACUGUAAGGGUGAAGUGGUGAAUGGUGAGAGGGUUACCAUGGCAACUCUGCUGAUCUCUCUCUGUCACUGUACCUUGUGCCCACAGGGAUCCAUGAUGAGCUGCAGUCGCUCGUGUGUAUGUAGCCAUGGCACCAACGUGGAGGAAAGUACAUGGUAUGGGGUCGAUUCCUACCGUAAUCUCUUUUACCAGGACUGUGUGGGCACCGCUCUCAGCGAUAACCCAGAAGGACCCCUAGUCCAGUACACCUACCAACCCUGGCCCUCGCUGUGUUGGAAGGUCACUGUGUCCGUGGCAUCUCUGCUUCUCCUGCUGGGUGUGGCAGCCCUGACCACUGGCUAUGCAGUACCCCCCAAACUAGAGCUUGUCAAUGACAGCAAGUUCUCAUCUUUGGAUGAUCCAGUAGCCGACUAUAACCAAGCCCUGAUCACCUGCCGUGUGGCAGGAGCCACGCUGUGUGGGGCAGCAGGGAUCCUGCUGGCUGUCUGCCUCUUUUUGGCCACCUCCGGUUGGCUGAACCCGGACAUCAAGGCAGAGCCAUUGGUCACUGAUGCUGACAGCCCUGUGGAGGUCUUCCGGGAUGAACCGGAGCAGCUGUCCCCUGGCUUCCAUGGUUUUAGCAGUCAGUCAUGGCUCUUGAUUCCCACCAGUCCUGUGAGGCAGUGUUCUGUGCAGACCAGCCAGCCCCAACGGGACUCCUAAGUCUAAAGGCUAGAGAAGUCAGACACGUCCUUCCUGGUACUCCUCGCUCUCAUCACCCUUCUUCCUCUCUGUAGUGUCAAUCUCUCCAGAGUCCCACCCACCCCCCAGUAGGUCUCAUGCUCCAAUCUCCUGCUCAGGACAGGGGCAGACUCAACCAAGAACUGCCCUUCGUGACUGGUGAAAUGACCCAGUGAGUGAAAGGCUUUCCUGGCGAGACUGAUAACCUGAGUUCCAUCUCUGGGACCUACAAGGUGGAAGAAGAGACCCGGCUCCCUACACACACACACACACACACACCACAAAGAGGCCCAGCUCCCUCCAGCUGUUCUCUGAUUACACAAACACACACCAUACAAAGAGACACAGCUCCCUUUAGUUGUCCUCUGACCUCUGCCCCCACACAAACACACACAACACACACUCACACUCACAUCGACCCAGCUCCCUUCAGUUGUC